AUGCCGUCUGUUUUCAAGUGCCUGUAUCUUGUGGUAUUCUUAUUAAGUAUUUCUACAAGGGAAGUUGGUGGCGAUGCUGUCUCCGACUUGCAAACCAAAGGAAGAACCCAAAUCAACGCUCAACUAGCCAAGUCCAAGACUUGCACAGCAGCCAAUCUCCAAGUCCGCAAAGAAUGGUAAGCGAAAAAGCUAGAUUCAUCUACCUUUGGCUUAUAGUACCUGGUAUAGGGGCGAUGUCUCGGUCGCCGAUCGAAAGGCCUACAUCAAAGCUGUCUUGUGUCUGAUUAAUGCGCCUUCAAAGUUGCCAGUUGGGAAGUUUCCUGGAGCACAAACUCGUUAUGAAGAUUUUGUUGUUACACAUAUGCAGCAAACCCCUAAUAUCCAUGGAACGGUAUGAACUCUUGCUUUCAUUCAUGUUUUGUACGAGCUAAGUGAUUAGGGCAAUUUUCUCUCGUGGCAUCGAUACUUUACUUGGGUUUAUGAACAAGCUCUCAGGAUAGAGUGUGGGUAUAAUGGGACUCAACCAGUAUGUUAUUUGCAAUUCAAAAGGAUUCAUGAUGUUGAUCUUUGUAGUACUGGGAUUUUGGAAAGUGGGCGGCAGAUCCGGAGAAGUCGCCAAUUUUUGAUGGAUCGGAUACAAGUAUGAGUGGUAAUGGAGCAAAAUUCAGCCAUAAAGCUACCGCAAUGGGACCAGCUCAGAAUGGUGGUGGUUGUGUUGACAAGGGACCAUUUGCAAAGCAUGUCAAUAACCCCCUUCUCAAAGAUGUCUGCUAACACUUCCAAGCAUGACAGUUAGACUUGGGUAUUGACUCCUUCUGCACUUCUUCCCUUGUACUUCUUCACUUACACGGAUUAUCCAGCCCCGUCUCCGCCGUGGCCGACCCAGCGCCCCCUCGAAACCCCCAAACCAAUGGCUACGGUGUCAACACCCGCUGUCUCCGCCGGGACAUAGGGCCCUACCUCUCCACACGCAGCACCACCACCGCACAACUAGCCUCCGUCAUCACCUCCUCCAAAGACAUCGGGAGUUUUCAAAACACUCUCCAAGCGCAGGGAAUGAACGGUAACAUCGGUAUCCACUCGGGCGCACACUACACUAUUGGUUCCGACCCUGGAGGCGACUUCUACACCUCUCCUAAUGAUCCGGCGUUCUGGCUGCUUCAUGGACAGAUUGAUCGGCUGUGGACGAUCUGGCAGAGCCAAGAUUUGCCGAAUCGGUUGCAGGUUAUUGCGGGUGGGACGGCGAUAUUUGGUGGGGGGCAGCAGAAGUUGACGGAUAGUGUUGAUGUGUCGAAUGUUCAUGCUAAGGUUUGGCAGAUUAAGGAUUUGGUUAGUGUUACGGAUGGGCCGUUUUGUUAUGUUUAUGAGUAA